GCCAGAGUUUGAAAGGUACUUGCUUCAUGUGGAUUUGUUCAAAAAUUUUCAAAUUUUUCAAGUUAGUUUGAAAUUGUUGUAAUAUAUUAAGUUGGCUUUCCUGAAUUAACCAACAUCCUCAUAUAAUGAUAAACACUUAAGCGACUAACUAUCAAUAUUAUAUUUGGCGUGAGAUAUCUUAUCUGUGCACUUUUUUAAAAUUUUUCCCGUAAUGGAAUUUCUGGAAAUAUCACGAAUUGGAAGAAUGUUCACGGUAUAAAAUACCUUCAAAAGGCCGGAAACUUGCAAAUUCACUUCAUUCAGGGCGUUUUUCGUUGUUUUUUAAUAUUCAGUCUUGCCUGAUUUCCAUUUUUUGACUUUUAAAAAAUUUUUCAGAUUUUUUAUAUUAUCAGAAAAAGCCAUUAAUUUACAAGAAACUACCUUGGUAUAUGAAUAAAAAACGCAUAAUACCUGGGGUAGUCUUGAUAGUUGACAGCUUUUACUUGAUUUAUUGAUUUUUUUUCCACUCACGAAUUUUUUUAAUUUUUACCUUAUUUUUAACAAAUCCUCAAUUUUACUUAUGUGUCUUCAUUUUGGUCAUGUGCAUGGACAAAAGCUGGAAAUUAAUGAAAUGCAUGCCCUUAAGACAUAACGCAACCCGUGAAAAAACAGUAUAUUACCACGGUGAAACUUUUUGUGAAAAUUAUUGAUCUUGGGAGGA